GACUGCAAGAUGAGCAAGUCAACACUCUUCCUUGGUUUUCUUCUUGUUUUCCUUAGCCUGGCUCUGCCAGGCACCCAGGGAAAAAUAAUUCCCAAAUGUGAGAUGGUGAGGAUCCUACGUCGGAAUGGCUUUCAGGGCUUCGAGGGCACAACUGUUGCUGACUGGAUGUGCCUGGUGAAAUAUGAGAGUGAUUAUAACACAAAAGCAUACAAUAACAAUGGUCCAAGCAGGGACUAUGGCAUCUUCCAGAUCAACAGCAAGUACUGGUGCAACGAUGGCAGGACCCCUGGCUCCAAGAAUGCCUGCCACAUCAGUUGCUCAAAACUGCAAGAUGAUAACAUUGAGGAUGACAUUCGGUGUGCCAAGAAGAUUGCCCGGGAGGCUCAUGGCCUCAGCCCCUGGUAUGGCUGGAAAAACCAUUGCCGGGGCAGAGACCUGAGUUCCUUUGUCAGGGGUUGCUAAAUUGCUGCACAGGUGUUGAUUGUUUCCUCAAGACCACCAGAGAUGGAGAGUGACAGCGUUUGGAGAGAGGGCCAGGGAAAUGCAUGGGUGUGGGGAAUUAAAAGCAGUAUAUCAUUAAGAUAGAGUGGGUACUGGCUAGUGCUAACUCUGGAGGUUUUCACACUGCUGCAAUGCAAACAGAGAGCUUACAGCUCACAGCUUAAUAAAAACAGGCAUAGCAACAAGCCACUACAGAGUUUCAGCCUUGAUUUACUUGCAUAAUCCUGACUCGAGAUUUUGUUGCCCUCACAGGGUUUAGCAAUAUUUAGGGUUCCUCUCUCCUUUUGCUUCUUUCUCUGUUCUC